AUGGGUAAAGCAAAAAAGACGCGGAAGUUCGCCCUGAUGAAAAGGGCCAUCAAGAGCAAUGACCCCAAGUUGAAAAAGCCCGACGCGAAACCCAAAGAAAAGGAUGCAGAGCUCACUAAAUCCGUGCCUCAAGUGUCCAGUGCCUUAUUCUUUCAGUAUAACGAGGCCAUCAAACCUCCAUACCAGGUAUUGAUCGACACGAAUUUCUUCAACUUUUCCAUCCAGAAGAAAAUCGAUAUUGUUAAAGGUCUCAUGGACUGCCUAUACGCUAAAUGUAUCCCGAUCGUGACAGACUGUGUGAUGGCAGAGUUGGAGAAACUCGGUCCUAAGUAUAGAAUUGCACUCAAGCUAGCCAAGGACCCCAGGAUCAAACGUCUCAGCUGCUCUCAUGGAGGAACGUAUGCAGAUGACUGUUUGGUGAACCGUGUCAUUCAACAUAAAUGUUAUAUUGUCGCCACGAACGAUGCGGAUUUGAAGAGACGUAUAAGAAAAGUGCCAGGAAUUCCUCUAAUGAGUGUAGGUGGCCACCUGUACGUGGUGGAGAGACUACCCGAUGUGUUUUAA